ACGAUCAAAGGGAAGGAUGGACAACAAUAAAUUCAAGAACUAUAAAUGUAUGUGCAUAAUCUUUCUCUGUUCCGCUGUAAAAGCGUACCAUGCCUCAAUCUUGAUCCAGCAGCCCCAUGCCACAGAGGUAAUAGUGGGUCAUUCAACAACGCUGAAGUGCUUCCUGACGGACAGUGAGACUUCCAAACGGCUAAACUGUUAUUAUGUAACUUGGAUUAGAGUACAAUCGAUGAGACGGACAAUGGACGUUAUCACCUCUAAUAAGCAAUAUAAUGAGCAGACAAAUUCGUGCGAUUUAACCAUUACCACUGCGACCCUGGAAGAUACUGGGCUGUAUUAUUGCUCCGGUCCAGAAGCCAAGACAUUUAAAGGGAAUGGCUCAAAGGUAACGGUAGUGGGUAAUGUCAACCCCUCUGUCGAGCUUUUCUCGCCAUCGGAGUUUCCUGACCCCAACAUCCCGCUCAUCUGUUGGGCGAAGGGUACCGUCCCAUCUCAGGUUCGCAUAUUCUGGGUCGUUAAUGGAGAAGAACACAUCGGGUGGACCGAGUCGGUGUGGACAAAACAGAAUGAUCUAACCACGGAGUUCACGCAGAGCCGAUUUUGGCUUUCGAAGUCGGACUGGGAUACUGGGGAACAGUGCACGUGUGUUGUCGAAGCUGGCGGGAAGAACAUCUCCAAAAGCAUCCAGAGGCCCGGGAAAGACAUUUGCUUAUUCCUGAUGUAUGGGGUCUCUGGCGCCGCACUUUUUAUGAUUAUGGUAUCCGUCACCACAGUCUUAGUUUUACUCAAGGGACACCGGAUUAAAGAAAUUCAGGAAAAGAACCGCAGAAGGCUGAACACUGGCAAACGUGGAAAAUACCGCACAAAGAAAUCUUCUGUCACAGUGAGUAAUGUUGAAUUAAGAAGCCUGGAGGGCAACAUGGGUGAUACAGUACCUAAACCCAUAUGGAACAGGUCUCAUAGACAUAGGAAUCACACUUGUCAUGUGCAAUAUUUGCAUGAUAAAUCUGUGGUAAAGAGCUUGCAUAUACAUUUCAUACUAAAAUGUUAUAAUGCCCUUCAAAUGCAAGGUAGGCCAUAUAUAAAAAAUAUUUUUUCUGUUACUGUGUAUAAAAGGGGCCAUAAUUAUGUGUGUUAACACACAGUUAUAUGCUAUACA